UAGACAACUCAGAGAUAAGAAACACUAAAUCACACACAAAAUACCAAUAUAUGUCGUUUUCAUAUCAAUUGUGAGGGAGAGAGUGUUAUACCAUACAUAGAUAUUACAAAAAUGAAAGAAGCUAUGUAAGUAUACUUAUAUAGCUUUUUUUGUAGUGGUAGUAGAGAGGUAACAAAUUAAUAGUGUGUGAUCUUCCAAUUAUGGGGGCGGAGAGAUUUUUGGGGUGCAGGGUUGAUCGGAAGAGUGGCGAGGACGAAGAUGAUGAUUUUAGUUUGGAAGGAUUUCAUCAUGAGCUGGAUGAUGAGCAAGAGGAUCCAAUUUCCGACGACGACUGUGGCGGCGAGGCGGAGGAGCGAAGAAUAUACUGGGAAUCACAACACUUGUUGCUUCAGGAAAUAGUGGAGCAAUAUAACGCAGUUGGAUGGAAGCUGAGGGAAGAAAUGAAGAGACAAAUAGAGAUAGCAAGAGAGAGUAGCAGAAGCACAUUAUUAUGCAGCCUAAGGCGAGCAGCUGUGAAUCAGCUUUGCAGCAAGGGCCUCAAUGCAGCCCUCUGUUUAUCCCACUGGAAGCCAACUCACAACACUCCAGCAGGGUGGCACGAGUACAUAGAGGUGAGGGUGAACACACAGGGAAAGAAGAAGCAGAUCCCAUUUGUAGUAGAAGUAGGGUUUAGGGAAGAGUUUAGAAUGGCAAAAGCCAGUGAGGAAUACAAGAAACUAAUAAAGCAAGUGCCGGAGAUGUAUAUAGGCAAGUGGGAGCAUAUGAAGGCCAUCAUCCGCCUGUUGUGCGAAGCCGCCAAGAAAUCAGCGCAGGAGCAGAACAUCCACAUCGGUCCAUGGAGGAACAAGACUUUCAUGCAGAUGAAAUGGUCUCCUUCUUCCUCUUCCAACCACUUGCCAACAACUUCCAAGCUUGCUUAGUCUUUUUCAAUAUUAUGGACCAUAGAUUUUUGUACAAGAGAGUAUAUUGUAGUAUGCUUUUAUGCAACAAUUAAAUAAUACCAAGUUCAAUAAUAAUUUGUUCCUGAUGUUCA